AUGGCUACUUCAUUUACAUUUAUUAAUGAUAUUAUUCGUGAUUAUUUUCAAUAUCGUAAUUUAACAUCUGCAUCACGAAUAUUUGAUAAUGAAUUAUCAAAAUUACCAUUUGAAAAAUAUCGUGCUGAUCGUAUUAUUGAACAAUUAACAGUUUAUAUUCAUCAAUUUGAUAUAAAUAAUUUAAUGGAUUAUUGGACACAAAUCGAACAACAUCUUUUAUCAACAUUAACAAUUGAUUCUCAACAAUUAAUAGAUAUAUUUACAAAAAUUCGUAUUAAUUUAUAUCGUUGUUAUUUAAUUCAUGCAAUUAAGUCAUCUAAAACAGAUAAAAUAAAUGAAUUUUUUGAUCGUUUAACAAAGUUUUUACAACAAACAAAUGAGUGGACUAAAGAAUGGUUUGCAUUACCCUUUAUUAAAAAUCCCGAAGAAAAUUCUAUGUUUCAAAUUUAUUUUUCUAAACAAUGGAAUGAACUUUUUUGGAUUUCAUUACAAAAUUUUUUAUCUCUAGCGCUCCAUCAUAUGUCUCUACCUAAAAUCUGUUCAAUGGAAGAAGAUAAAUCUCAAUCAUUCAGAUAUUUAAUUAGUCUACAAUCAACAAAACCAUUAAUUCUAUCAACUACUGUAAAUAUAACAAAAUUGCGUUAG